UGCAGUAUCAGUUGUGUUUCGAUCGCCGCAACGGGACGUUCCAUUUACCAGGAUACGAGUUAACCACAGGAUAUAAACCAUGAACAGAGCCAGCGGUAUCCUGUCGCUGCUUUUUGUGGCCAGCGCCUUGGGCGGCGUGAUCGAGGACUUUGAGUACCUGUCGGUGGAGGAUAUCUGCGAACUGCUGCCGCUGGACACGAUCUUCCUGCGUCCGAACACGUGCAACACGUGGGUGAAGUGUGCCGCCAACAACUACACCUCCUUGGAGCAGAGUGCCUGCGCCUCGGGCCUGUACUUCCACAAGGAGCUGGGUCGCUGUGCCCUCGCCUCGAGUGCCGUUUGUCCCUAUGAGAAUGUGAUCAAGGAGGAGCCCAAGAACCUGUGCGCCAACGAGACGGAUGGAGCCUUCGUCGUGGAUCCGAGCAGCAGCGAUUGCCGUGGCUAUAUCCUUUGUCGUGCCCAGAAGCAGAUCCAGGCCAACUGCCCCAACGAGCUGGUCUUCCAUCCGGUUUCCCGAUCCUGUGUCUACCAGACCAAGUACAAGUGUCCUGCCAAACAGAAGGACCAGACGAGUCCCGCCUGCCGAUCCCUGAGCAACCACACCCGCUUGGCCGAUCCCGUCCACUGCGAUCAGUACUACGAGUGCGUCAACGAGGUCCUUCACAGUCGAUCCUGCGACAGUCCGCUGAAGGCCUACGAUGCGGAUCUGGGCUACUGCGUGGAUGUGGAGCACGUCACCUGCUACGAGACGGCCACUCUGCCGGAACCGGAGAACACCUUCUGCCUGGACAUUGCCAACCAGUCGGCGCGAGUGGGCUACUUCGCUGAUGAUGAGUCCUGCUCGCGGUACUACAUCUGCGGUGAGCCGGUGAAUGGAAAGCACGACACGGAGCCCAAGCACCUGAGCUGUCCUCUGGGUCAGUACUUUGACUUCGAGAAGCUAUCCUGCCGCGACAGGCUGAAUGUUCGCUGCCAGUUGGAUCGCUGUGUGGGCACCAAUCUGACCUACGUGAAUGUGGCCGGCGAUUGCCAGAGCUACGGUCGCUGCUCGAAUGGAGUGACCGCCAGCCUGGGUCGCUGCCCUUCGGGAUACUUCUUCGACGAGCGCAACCAGGGAUGCACGCAGACCGACUACCACUACAUCGCCUGCUCCGUCUAGGAUUUGCAGCUCCAGCAGCAGCAGAAUCAGCAGCUUCAGCAGCUAAAAUAAAAACAAACACUUUUUCAAUAUCACUUACGAAUUUAAGCACCAAUAAAUCGAUCCAAUUCAAGGUGGAGGUCAAAUGCAAUGCA